AUAGAGCUUUUAUUGAGGAUAUUUCUAAGCUAACCAUCAGGGACCAAAUAGCUGGAUUGUAAAAAUUUCAGAGCUGAAUCACUCUGCUCCUUUUUUUCAUUCUUUCGCUCCUUUCUUUCUGUGAGAUCCAGCACUGCUCGCAAAGCACCCAGAAGCAAGCAGAAUGCAAGGAAUCUGCCCCCGGUUUUGGAUUAUCAGCCCCAGUAACGGGGCAAAUAUUUAAAGAGAGAGAGAGAGUUGAGAGAAUAGCCGGAAAAAGAUUUGAGAAGUUGUUGUGAAGGAGGUGCAGGGCACAGACGCCUCCUGUCCCUGGGUGUCAAACACCCCCCCGUGACCUCUCUGCCCUGCUCCCAAGAUCCCUGUGAGGUCUCAACUUCACCUCUUGACUGGCAGCUGUGGAGAUGAGGCUGGGAGACCUUGCAUCCUGCCUCUGCGUCCUGACCUGCUUGGACCUUCUGGCUGUGGUGGAGACCGCCGUGCCCCUGGAGGACUUCUACCCAUUUGGCCCAGACGAAGGGGACUCCCAAACCAUGAAGCAGGAUGAUGGUGGCUCCGGGCUCGUGGAGAUCUCCGUAGCGAUCCCUUUCUUUGGUGACAGGCACACAGGGCUCUAUGUCAACAACAACGGCCUAGUGUCUUUCCUAAGAGAGGUGUCCCAGUUCACUCCUGUGGCCUUUCCCAUCGCUGGUGACCGAAAGGUGGUCGCACCGUUCUGGGCAGACGUGGACAACAAGCGAGCAGGACAGGUCUUUUACAGAGAAACCAAAGACCCAGCCAUCCUUCAGAGGGCCACUGAUGACAUCCAGCAAUACUUCCCAGAGAUGCUCAACUUCACAGCAACAUGGGCCCUCAUUGCAACCUGGCACCGAGUCACUUUCUUUGGGGGCAAUUCUUUCACACCGGUGAACACAUUUCAAGUGGUCCUCAUCACAGAUGGAGAGCUGUCCUUCACAAUCUUUCACUACCAUAACAUCACUUGGACCACUGGGAUGCAUGCUAGCAGUGGUGGAGACCUUGCAGGACUUGGUGGGAUUGCCGCACAGGCAGGCUUCAAUGCAGGUGAUGGGCGGCGGUACUUCAACAUCCCUGGCUCUCGCACCGAUGAUGUGGUGGAUGUGGAAGAGACCACCAAUGUGGGCUAUCCUGGGCGCUGGGUCUUCCGCAUUGAUGACGCCCAGGUCCAGGUGGGAGGCUGCAACAACUCAGCAUCAGUGUGCCAGAACCUGAGGCCUUGUCUUAAUGGAGGCCGCUGCAUUGACGACUGCAUCACGGGCAACCCGUCCUUCACCUGCUCCUGUCUGGCUGGAUUCACUGGCCGCAGGUGUCAGAUAGACGUGGAUGAGUGUGCCUCGUACCCCUGCCAGAACGGGGGCAUCUGUACAGACCAAACAAAUAGUUUCAUCUGCCAAUGCCCACUUGGAUUCAAGGGCCAUCUGUGUGAAAUAGACGUUGAUGAGUGCCAUGAAAGACCCUGUCUCAACGAAGCAGAGUGUCUCCAGGGAGUGGGCAAUUUCACCUGCCUGUGCAGAGCAGGCUUCACUGGCACUCUGUGUGAAACAGAUAUCAACGAGUGUGACUCUCAGCCCUGUCUUAACGGAGGAGAGUGUGUGGACCAUGUCAACAAUUACACUUGCAGUUGCCUCGCUCUCUACACUGGAAGGAACUGUGAAACAGAACUAGAGAUCCAGACAAACUCCUCAUUAGCUGAAACAGAAACACCAACAGUGUCUUGUGCGGGAGAAGGCUGCGAGAAGCAUCAGAAAUGUGAAUACAUCAGUCCUGGGAAAUACAAUUGUACAUGCUUACCAGGUUACUACGGUGACAACUGUGAAGAGGAAUGUCUGUGCCAGAAUGGGGGUGUAUGUGUGGAUGUGAACGGCAGCUGUGACUGUCCAUCUGGGUAUACUGGCCUCUACUGCCAGUUUGAGGUCACUCAGACCCCCUGCAGUAGCAAUAGGCCCUGCCCGGAUGGAGGACCUUGCUUGGAAUAUGGGGGGAGGUACCUCUGUACUUGUCAGACAGGCAUCAGUGACAUUGACCACAAAGACUUCUACCCUUAUGUACAGCCCAGAUCAGUCUGUGAUUCAUCUCCCUGCCUGAACGGAGGCCUCUGCUAUGAGCGAGACGGGGGUUACACAUGCGAGUGCCAGCACGGCUAUAGGGGGAAGCACUGCGAGAAAGUCAGGCUCAGUAUCUGCGCAUCCAGCCCUUGUCGCAAUGGCGGCUCCUGUAAGGAGGAGGCAGGCAGCUACUACUGCGUUUGCCCCUACAGGUUCAUUGGGAAGCACUGUGAAGUUGGGAAGCCUGACCCAUGUUCAUCCAGCCCGUGUCUGAACGGAGGCACCUGCUUCCACUACAUUGGGAAGUACAAGUGCGAAUGUGCUGGAGGAUACAGCGGGAGACACUGUGAGAUCAGCAGUUCACUUGAAACUAUGACAAACCUUGACUGCGGGCCGCCUGUAAAGGUGAAACACGCUGAUGUGCAGUUCUCCUCCAGCUCACCGGGCUCCAUGGCGCUGUACACCUGCCACCCGGGCUACACGCCUCAUCCCCGUGCUACACAGAGCAUAUGUGGGAGCCAGGGGGCCUGGAGCCAGCCUCCAGUCUGUGACGAGAUCAACGAGUGCCUGUCACAGCCCUGUCUCAAUGGGGGCACCUGCCGGGACCGUGUGGCCGCUUACAUCUGUCAGUGUGAGGAAGGGUUCAGUGGACCUCGCUGCCAAACAGAUGAGAACGAGUGCCUGUCAGAGCCCUGCAAACAUGGAGGAACCUGCGUCGAUCAGCCUGGCUCCUACUAUUGCCACUGUGCCCAGGGUUUCACUGGUCAUGACUGUGAGACAGAAGAGGAUGGGUGUGAAUUAAACCCUUGUUUGAAUGGAGGGAUGUGUGUCGGCUACCGGGGGAGUCGUCUGUGCGUGUGCAAGGAGGGUUUCAUCGGCGAACGGUGCCAGACCUUGGAGAAUCCCUGUGCACUGCAGCCCUGUGGAAACCGAGGCUUCUGCCGCAGUGACAGGAGGGGGAACUACAGCUGCACCUGCAGGGUCGGCUACACUGGCAAGGACUGCGAAAAAGACCUGUUGCCACCCUCUGGCCUGCAUGUAGUUCGGGUGGAGGAGACAGAGGUGGAGCUGCACUGGGACCUCCCGGACGUCCCUGAAGGCCUCAUUAGCGGCUUCGCUGUCACAUACGCCCCGUUGGGCCGCGGAGCCCGCAAGACCGACUUCCUGGACAAGCAGCAGUCUGGGCACUUACUACGUGGCCUGGUGCCCGGACACCUGUACAACAUCUCCACCUUCUCCAUCAAGCGGAACGCCAAUAGCAAUGACAUCAGUCAACCUGCCGUUGCCCUCAUCCGGACCAGACCGCAGAAGGUGAAGCAGCUGCAGGUGGUCAACGUCUCGUCCUCACAAGUGUGGCUACGCUGGCUCCUGCAGGUGACCGGCCACUCGAUUGUCAGCCAGGUGCGCGUGUCCCUCGUCCCAGCGGACGACAGCGAGACCCAAACCGCCCUCCUCAACACGAGUGUUACAGAGUACAGCUUCAGUUCGUUGCUUCCCGGUCAGCUGUACACUGUGGAUGUGAUAACCCAGAGUGGACUAAGACCAGAGGAGCUGCCCUCCACCAGCCAUUCUGCUGGACCCCUGCAUGUCUGGACAAGGCCCCUGCCCCCUCAGAACCUUUCCCUGGCGCGUGUCACUGCCACGUCAGCCCAGGUCACCUGGGAGCGCCACCCCCGGAGCAUUCCGGACGGCUUCAUGGUCAACGUGACCAGAGGUCUGAGCACCAGGAGUCGCUAUCUGCCCAGCGGACAGGCGGGCUCCUACACCGUGCGUGACCUCGCCCCCGGACACCACUACCAGCUCUCAUUGACGGCUAUCUGCAAUGCUGAUCGACAGCAGGUCCACAGCGAGCCACAGCAUCUGGCUUUUACUACCUUACCCUUGGAGGCGCAGCUGGGGAGGCGGGAGAGGCCCACAGAGACUCACCGGGAACGCCAGGUGCCCCACCCCAUUGCCCCUACCGUAGAGCAGGACCUUGAUGUGACCGCUGACCAUGAGCGCUCAGAGCACCUGCCCAGAUACACAGAGCUUAUUGAUGGAAGGGGAAAGAUAACAGCCAAGUUCACAAACUUGCCAAAAAAGACCAUCAGGCAUCGAACAAAACCCGAACCUCCCAUCAAACUAGAGAGACUGGAGGAGACAACCAAUAAAAUUAGCCUGGCGCUCGAAAUCCCAGCGGAUGUGGCAGUAAAACAGCCUGAUGCCGCAUCCGGAGACUGCCGCACCCUGCCAUGUCACAAUGGGGGUACCUGCUCGAAUGCGGGCGAUUCCUUCGCCUGUGACUGCACGCCAGGUUUCAAAGGCAGGCAGUGUGAGCUUUUCUGCCAGAGGAUGCCACAUCCCUGCACCCGCCUCUACUCCGAGACCAAAAGCGUUCCCGUCUGGGAGGGAGGGGUUUGUCAUUACUUGUACAAACGGACCUACAAGGUCCAGCAGGAUGUCUGUUACAGAGAGGUCUGUGAGAUGAUGCUUUCUAAGAAAACUCACAACAGAAGAACUCAGAGGCAGCAGUGAACCAUUGGAAACUUUCCUCUGAAUGUCUUCUGAAAGGAGUUGGUUUCUGUGCGACUGACUGAACCCAUAUGAAGUCACUAUGGUUUCCAAGGACAUCUUACUUCCAUCUGGAACUGUUUAGCUUACACAGGGCCCACUGUCCCAUUGCUGUGCCUUCAGUCAUUUUCGGAUCCAUGAUAAUCCAGCAGUUCUGUUUGUGGUAGUGAUUCUUCACACAGCUGAAGCGGCAUUUACCUUUGGCUCUACAAAUCAGCAGCAGCAUUGAAUAAAUACAUUCCUUAAUUAUUAAAUGUUGAUGAUGGAUUGGAACAUUCUUAUAAAAUGGCAGUUUUGUCCCUCAGGGAAUUUGGUAUGCAGUAUGAUUGCAUUGCCCCGUCAUCACCUUACAACAUAAUAUUUUUCAUAAAAGGAACCUUUUCUGUGUAUAUG